GGGGCUCGGCUAAGGAUCUCGCUCGGAUAUUUUCUGAAAAUUUCAACAGCAGAGCAUUAAGCAUCUUAUCCCCGCAACCUACCUGUACUGUAACCCCGCCAUGGAGACGCUGGGUUUGACGACUGCCUCAUCCCGCCAUCUCUCUUCGUCACCGUCUUCCUACUCCUCUCGCGCUGCCUUCUUUGGCCCGAGAAGGGUGCGAAGGCUAAAAGUUUCAGCAAAUUUUUCUUCUUCGUGGAUUGGCAAAAGCUUCUCCCUCGGUUCUUCGCAGAAUAAUGUCUUCACAAGAGAAGUAUGGGGUUGUGUCACUUCAACGUUUGCUAAUGUUAGACGAGAUAGAAGCUUCAUUGUUAGGGCUGAGAUGUUUGGGCAGUUGACAAGUGGGCUUGAAGCAGCAUGGAGUAAACUCAAAGGAGAAGAGGUUUUGACAAAGGAGAACAUAGCUGAACCCAUGCGUGACAUUAGAAGGGCUCUUUUGGAGGCUGAUGUGAGCUUGCCAGUUGUGCGGAGGUUUGUACAGACUGUUAGCGAUCAAGCAGCUGGGGUUGGAUUGAUUCGAGGGGUGAAACCAGAUCAACAGUUGGUAAAGAUUGUGCAUGACGAGCUUGUGAAACUUAUGGGCGGAGAAGUUUCAGACCUAGUUUUUUCCAAGUCUGGUACCACCGUGAUAUUACUUGCAGGAUUACAAGGCGUAGGAAAGACAACUGUCUGUGCAAAACUCGCCUUCUACCUUAAGAAGCUGGGUAAAAGUUGUAUGAUGAUUGCUGCAGAUGUUUAUAGGCCCGCAGCCAUUGACCAACUUAUGAUUCUGGGUGACCAGGUUGGCGUACCUGUUUACAAAGAAGGGACUGAAGUAAAACCAUCACAAAUAGCUAGAAAUGGAUUGGAAGAAGCAAUUAAAAGGAGGAUUGAUGUGGUCAUAGUGGACACUGCUGGAAGAUUACAGAUAGAUAAAGCAAUGAUGGAUGAGUUGAAGCAAGUGAAGCAGGUAACAAAUCCUACUGAAGUCUUGCUUGUAGUAGAUGCAAUGACUGGCCAAGAAGCUGCAGCCUUGGUGACAACUUUCAACAUUGAAAUUGGAAUAACUGGUGCAAUAUUGACAAAGCUGGAUGGUGAUUCAAGAGGUGGAGCUGCUUUAAGUGUUAGAGAGGUUUCUGGAAAGCCAAUUAAGCUUGUAGGUCGGGGAGAACGAUUAGAGGAUCUUGAGCCUUUCUACCCCGAUAGAAUGGCUGGACGCAUCUUAGGAAUGGGUGAUGUGCUAUCAUUUGUUGAGAAGGCCCAAGAAGUUAUGCGGCAGGAAGAUGCAGAGGACCUGCAGAAGAAAAUCAUGAGUGCUAAAUUUGACUUCAAUGACUUUCUAAAGCAGACACGAGCUGUUGCAAGAAUGGGUUCUGUGAGUCGUGUACUUGGAAUGAUACCAGGCAUGGGCAAGGUGACUCCAGCUCAAAUUCGUGAAGCCGAGAAAAAUCUUCAAGUUAUGGAAUUCAUGAUAAAUGCCAUGACGCCUGAGGAAAGGGAAAAGCCAGAAUUAUUAGCUGAAUCACCAACAAGGAGGAAGCGAGUUGCUACUGAAUCUGGGAAAACAGAGCAGCAGGUGAGCCAACUUGUUGCUCAGCUUUUCCAAAUGCGAGUUCGCAUGAAGAACUUGCUGGGGGUUAUGGAAGCAGGAUCAAUUCCAGCAUUGAAGGACCUGGAGGAGUCAUUAAAAGUUGAAGAGAAGGCACCUGCUGGUACAGCUAGGAGGAAAAGAAGAUCAGAAUCUCGGAGGCAGUUUGCAGAUUCAGUAUCUACAAGGCCAAGCCCGAGGGGCUUCGGGAGCAAGACUUGAGAGUAAGAUAUAUUGUGUUCUUUCUUCCCAAUCAUUCUAAUAUAAUUUUCUCAAGCAUUUUAAAACACGAGAGUUGUCCAUUAAUGAUAUCUGUUGUUAUCUAGAAAGGGGAUGCAAAAUUUUAUAUGAAAUCACUUCAUCCCUGCAGGCCAAAUGAAGAGUCUGUCUUUUACUGCUUCUUAAAGCAGCUUUUUAGUACAAAAUUUUUAAUUAUUUACUAGAAAGUCACUUUAAAAAGCAAAAAAAAAAAAAUCGUCCCAAACGAAGCCUUAGUCCUGCAUAGUAAAAGAACUGGAUUUGUGUCCUUUUUGUGGUAAUUAUAAGAUGGUACAAUUGUCCUCA